GCUUUUAGGUCUUCAUAAAAAGAAGAUUACUGUGCUGGUUAAUUGCUCAAGGCAGAAGCGAAGAAAGUUAAGAAGAAGAAGAUUAUUGUAAUAGGUUAUUUUGUUUAUAUUUAUGCAUCGAGUGAGGAAUUGAAUUGUCUUCUGAUGGAAAAUUGGAGUGUUAUUAAGAUGUGUUUAAGAUGACGCCGCAAUAUAGGUAGUCAUGGGUAAAAAUAAGUCUCCUGAAGCCGGAGGGCGAAAAAAGAGGUCACCAAAUUUUACAGACGCAGAAGUGCGUUUUCUAAUGAAAUUAGCUUUUGCUCAUAUAGAUGUAAUCGAAAGUAAAAAAACGGAUUCCGAAACAUGGAGAAUUAAAGAUACUGUUUGGAAUUCAAUUACUCAAAAUUUUAAUGAUCACCCCGGCACCAUGAUGAGGACAGUUGAAACUGUAAGACAGAAGUAUGAAGGUAUUAAAAAGCUAGCCAGGAAAAAGGCAGCAAAAAACAAAGAGGAAGAAGCCAGGACGGAUGGAGAACCGGAUUUUAUUGAAUUAGAAGAUUAUGAAAAAGAAUUGAUUCAAAUUCUUGAAACGACAGCCAAUGGAAUGUCACCAACCUAUGAAUCUGAUGGUAUUUUAUUUUCAGAGUCAUCAUUUGCUGAUGUUAAAGUGGAAGCGUCACACAAUGCUCGCGAAUCAGAUACCACAAAUGAAGAUGAUAAGUUUCAUGUAACUGAUGAUGAUAUGAUAUGGGAUUUACCUGAAAGCUUCAGUAGACCUCGCCUUCAGUUUUUGAAAAAGCAACUGGAAUAUAUGGAAAGGGAGGAGGAAAGGAGAGUCAAAGAGCACAAAUUUAGACUUAAAAACCUACAGAUUGAGAAGAGAAUGUUGAUGAAUAAAGAGAGAAGAACAAAAGCUGAACACCAAAAAAAAUUGGAGUUACUAGACUUUGAAAUUUCUUUAAAAAAACAGAAACUUGAAAAUAACAUGACCUGGCCUACAUCAUGACCCCGAUUCCUUUGAAAUUAGCAGAGAUGAACUAUGCAGUUUUUUGUAUAAUUAUAAUCAGAUCAAAUAUAAUGUCCUUAUUGGUAGUGUAAUUUUAUUUUACUUUACAUUAAA